AGAAAAAUUUUAAAAAUAUUUUCACCAAAGCAAAUAUCCCAAAAACACAUUGCCUCAAAUUGUAUUUGGUGCAUAUGAACCGGUGAGACUUCAAUAUCCGCCCAUGGUCUACCGACCACUGACUAGCAAUUGUUCUUCAUAAUUCUCCAUUUCCAGAGCAAUGUCAGCCAUUUUAUCUCCAGUGAGGUUGUAUAAUCCCAUCAGAAAUCAAAUUUUCCGGUGCAGUUUUGGGUCACAAUUGAACCGAGUUGUACCCAGUUUGACUCGGUUAGUGGGUAGUCCAAGUCCGAGUCUAACUCGGAUAGUUUCCCAGUCAACUUCAAACUCUUCUAUGAGUUCAGAAAAGGAAGCUGCUUUGGCUGCUUCUUCAACUAUCCCUGAUUCCCCUACUAUAUUUGACAAGAUUCUUAACAAGGAAAUUCCAGCAAAUGUGGUUUAUGAGGAUGACAAGGUUCUUGCUUUUCGGGACAUCAAUCCACAAGCUCCUGUACACAUCUUGAUCAUCCCCAAGGUUAAGGAUGGUUUAAGCAGACUUGCCAAGGCAGAGGAAAGGCACAUGGAGAUCCUUGGUCGUCUUCUUCAUACCGCAAAGGUUAUUGCUAAACAGGAAGGACUUGAAGAUGGCUUCAGGAUUGUCAUUAAUGAUGGACCCAAAGGAUGUCAAUCGGUUUAUCACAUCCAUGUACACCUUCUUGGGGGUCGCCAAAUGGAGUGGCCUGCUGGUUGAGUGAACUCAUGUUGGGUUGUUAGGGAACUGGUAUAUUGCCUUAUCAUAUGAUAUCGUACAAAAGAGUAAAAUGUUGUAUUUUCCCUGACGGAGAAAAUAUUGAAUCGACUCUGAAACUGAACUUAAGAGUUGUAACAUUUUGAAUAGUUUAUUCACUUACUGUAUGUGAUUAUCUGUUAUUAAUAUCGGUAUGUACUGAUCUUUUUCUCCUGAA